UCUCAGACCCAACUCUCCUAUAAUUUUUACCCUGGGCUAUACCAAUAUUGCAACUUGAUCCGAAACACAGUAAUCACUGAACAACAAAAAUUAAUUUCUUUAUUAUAAAAAUAAUAGAUGUGUAAAACUAGAAGAUAAAGUAAAUUAAAAAAUAAAAAAAUAAAUGGACCGUUCAUACACAUUUUAACCCAACUGUUUAAGUUAAAAAUACAUGGGGCAAGUAACAAAACCGAAAUAUUUCAGGGACUGCAUGCAUAUUUUACCCUUUUAUUUGAGCGAGUUAAGAUUCUCGCGCGUAUAUAUAUAUACAAGAAAAGCUCUGCUGCUUCUUCCUCAAGCCGCAACCUCGCAAUGCACACCGAAACCCUUUUCACAUCCCAAAAUUCUUUGAUCCCACGUGGCCCAAUCUCGUGCCGUUCGAUCCCCACGUGCCGCGCUAAGAUCGACUCACACGUGCUUAUCGGAUUUGAUGAACCUGGACCGAAGAGAGUUAAUACAUGGUAAAGCAAAUGAUAAAAUGGUGAUGGCAUUGGGAACCUUUAGGUUGGCAAUUUUGCAAACAGGUCCUUCACGCCGACUUAGAGAGGCCUUUUUAUGGGGCCCAUUUAACUACAAUCUACAGAAGAGAUGGAGAAAGCCAGUAGAUUCCGCAAGAACUCGAUUAGAAAAUAGAACAAGAGAUCUCAGGCUCGAUAAACUUGUGGAUCAAUUAAAGAAGCUGAAUUUAGUAUUGAGUUUGCAUGAAUUGAUGUCGAAUCAGAGGAAGGGCUAUGCAUCUGUUCAACUCCUUUCGAAAUGGAAAUAUGAGGUUGGUUUGAACAUACCAGUAGGUGCUUUUCUCAGCAAGUAUCCUCACAUAUUCAAGAUUUAUACACACCCAGUUAAAAAGAAUGUUUGUUGUGAGGUUACUCAAAAGAUGAAGGACUUAAUUGAGAAGGAAGCUAUGGCCGUCAGCGAAGCAGAAGUAGCAACUGUUCGAAGAUUGAAGAAGCUUCUCAUGAUCUCGACUGAUGGGAGUUUAAACCUCCAUGCGUUGUGGCUCAUUAGAAAAGAAUUGGGUUUGCCUGAUGAUUUUAGAAACUCUGUCCUUCCGAACUAUCCAGGUGAUUUUACGAUAGUAUCGCCCGAUACUCUACAAUUGGUUUCGAAGGACGAAAGUUUAGCUGAAGCAGAGGUUGAGAAAUGGAGGGCGAAAGAGUACGCAGAAAAAUGGUUGAGCGAAUUCGAGACCAAGUAUGCUUUCCCGGUACAUUUUCCGACGGGUUUUAAGAUCGAAAAGGGCUCCAGGGAGAAGCUAAAGAAUUGGCAGAGACUCCCUUAUUUGAAGCCUUACGAGAAGAAGGGCGUAAACCGUGUGGGCAAUGUCGAGCGCUUUGAGAAGCGCGCUGUCGGUGUGCUUCAUGAGUUUCUGAGCUUGAUGGUGGAGAAGAUGAUUCCGGUAGAAAGGGUGUCUCAUUUUAGAAGAGAUUUUAGCAUGGAAGUGAAUGUGAGGGAGCUUAUUCUUAAGCACCCGGGCAUUUUUUAUAUGUCAACUAAAGGGGGCACUCAAACUGUUUUCCUGAGAGAAGCAUACAGAAGAGGUUGUUUGGUUGAGCCUAACCCUGUUUACGAAGCGCGGAGGAAUAUGCUUGAACUUGUUUUAUUAGGGCGCCGAAAUACCAAUUCAGUAGGAUGUGUACAGGAGCUUGCUGAGAGAUGUAAUGAGGGGAGCAAUGAAUUAUUUGCUGGUACUUGCGAUGGAGAUUGGGCUGUUUCAAUCUUCGAAGGUCGAGAUGAACGAAGCCCUACUGCAGAUGUUAGCGAUAUGGAGGUUCAAUCUGAUGAGGAGGAUCAAGAUUGAUUCUCAGUUCUCUUUGAUUUGCUCCUGCAUCUUUAAAAAGUUGGAUGCAUAUGUUCCUAAUGCACUCAGUACAGAGAUGGAAUGGUUAGCAGCAGCAUCAGGUAUUUAAGGGAUCAUCAGAUCAAAGAGGAGAAUUUCAAUCUAAAAGUGCCAAGUAGAAGGUGUUUUGUACUUCAAAAUAUAUAUCAAUUUGUUUUAAGCUUUCGAUGAUCUCGACAGCAUACUUUUUGAUUGCUGCACCAAACCAUCAAAUUUUCUCUCCUGCGAAGUAACGUUCGGCUGCUUGCAUAGCUCUUUGAGAACAUGGUACACAAAUGAUGAACUUCAACAUCCCUCUCUGAGGCACAAUAUGAAGUUUCAGCAUUGCUUCCAACUCUCAGGUAAUUUUUGACGAAAAAUUAUGAGAUAAUUCUCUCUUUUCCACUUUUUGUGGCUUUGAAAAGAUAGUAUUGAAACAGAGCUGAGUUACUGUUUGUGCUCUUUGAAGGCAAUGUUGUUAAUGCAUCACCACUGUGGCUUUCUUUC